AGUCCAUGUGACCUGAGGAUCAGAUGACGCCUAUGCUAUCAGACCUACCAGGAUCUCAGUUUAGUCAGGACCUGCCCAUACACUGGCCUUAUAGUACAGAGCUGAGCCUCACCCUGUUCACUGUGUUGCUCUGCGGGCAGCACGUCUCUCCAGCAGCAUGGCUGUGGUCAUAUUCCUUCUGCAGUUUCUUGCAGCUAUCAUCUUGCUGCCUCUUCACAUCCUUAAUUCUCUAGGACUCUGGGAUCCAUUUUUUAAGAAAGUCUUUCCUUUUCUGCAAAGCAGAGUUUGUGAAUCGUACAACAAACUGAUGGAUGAUGAGAAAAGAAAACUCUUCAAAAACAUGUCAGACUUUUCAGGCCCCUCCAAAGAACUCAGGCUCCUAGAGGUUGGCUGUGGCACAGGUGCCAACUUCAAGCAUUACCCAAGUGGCUGCAAAGUGACCUGCCUGGAUAUCAACCCAAAUUUUCAGAGCUACUUGAACAAAAGCCAAGCAGAAAAUGAGCAUCUUAUAUACGAGAGCUUCGUGGUAGCCUCUGCUGACAACAUGACGUCUGUGUCUGACAGCUCUAUGGAUGUGGUUGUGUGCACUUUGCUGGCUUGUUCUGUGCCUAACAUACCGGCUGUACUGAAGGAAGUCAAGAGGGUUCUGCGUCCUGGGGGAGGUUUCUACUUCAUAGAACAUGUGGCCGACAUUGAUGAAUCCAGCUGGACUACUUUUUUUCAGAAAGUCCUGAAUCCCUCCUGGAAGCUGAUAUUUGAUGGAUGUAGCAUUAGAAAAACCACAUGGAAAGACCUGGAGAAUGCUGAAUUCUCAGAGAUGAACCUGCGCCACAUAACUGCGCCAAUAUCACUUAAGCUUGCUAAGCCUCAUAUUAUUGGAUAUGCUGUUAAAUAAAUACAUAUAUUGUGUAUAAGUGGAGCUUUUAUUCAUUUACAAGAUUUUCUUUAUUACAAAUAAACCUUAUUACUUGUAUUAC